AUUCGUCAAUUUAUUCAAGUUUUAACCAAUUAAAUAGAUAAUAUUUAAAUGUUGAAGAUAAUUUUUAUACAUUUUAUUAAUAGAAAUCCAUCCACUUGACUGUAACAAAAAACAAACAUAUUUUAAUCAUAGGAUAAAUUCCACAUUUAACUGUCAACCCACGUAAUAACAUUAACAUUCGUGUUCGUCAAGCAUGAAGUUAAUAAUCGUGUUAGUUAGUUUGUUUGUUUGCGUUGUUUGUGAGGAACUAAUUUCCGUCACAGUGAUCUACAGACAUGGAGACAGAACGCCAACAAGUUUCUACCAAAACGACCCCUAUUCAAAUUUGACUUAUUGGCCGGAAGGAUUGGGACAAUUAACCAACGAAGGUAAACUAAGACAAUACUACUUGGGAAAAUGGUUGAGGAACAGGUACUCCGAUUUGCUGCCGGAAAGGUACAACCCCGGGGAUGUUCUGGUGAAAAGCGAUGACGUGGACCGUACGAUCAUGUCAGCACUUGCCAAUCUGGCAGGUUUGUAUCCUCCUAAGGAGGAACAGAAGUGGUCAGAUUUAAAUUGGAUGCCAAUCCCCAUCCACAACCGUCCUAAUGUUGAGGAUUCUCUUAUUUCCUUGGAGAAACCUUGCGACAAAUUCGAUAGUUUGUUUCAGGAGUUGAUGGAGGGUGAACACUUCAAACAAGUGGACAGGGAGUAUAAGAAAGUCUACGAGUACUUGACAGAGAAUUCUGGUACUCAAAUGGAAUCUUUACAAGCAGCUAAAGCACUCUACGCAACGUUGUCGAUAGAAGAACAAAGGAAUUUUACACUUCCCGACUGGACAGAAGACAUCUACCCAGAAAAAUUAAAGGAGAUGGCUGCAUUAAGUUUCCAAAGUUACGUUUUUACAGAUCCAAUGAUCCGUCUGAAGGUUGGACCGUUUUACCAUGAACUCAUAAGCAAUUUUAAAAACAUAAUUGAAGGCUUAACAAAUGUUAAAUUGUUGAUGCUUUCGGGCCACGACAAAAAUGUAUUUAAUGUAUUAGUAGGUUUGAAAGCUUUGGAGCCACAUGUUCCUCAAUUUGCCAGCACUGUUAUGUUCGAGUUGAAGAGGAAUAACGGAGAAUAUUAUGUGGAGGUUUACUACAAGCAAGGGAACGAGUUGGAGAAGAUUGAAAUGGAGGGAUGCCACUUGGAAUGUCGAUUUCAUGAUUUUAUACAAAUCAUGGAGAAAUUUACUGUUGAUCCUGUGACUUGGGACAAAGAAUGUCAAGAAUAGUGUUUUUAUUUUAUAUAUAAACAAUAAAAAAUACUAAUAAAAUGUGCAUAAAAAAUAAAAUGUGUUUGUAACUCAAUAUCUUGUAAAAUAAAAAAAAAUAAUUAUUAUUGUUAUUGUAUAAGCGUUAAAUUUGACUUAUAUAAUUAUAAUAUCUACUAUAACAACAAUAUCACUCGUUAUCAACAAUAAUAUUACAUACAUUCGUAACACCCUGUAUAUAUUUUGUACAAACUUUAAAUAACACCAACAGUAAAUGUAUCUGAUUUUACAUGUAUUUAUUUUAUAAUAUAUCAAAUUAUAAUCGUUAAAUUCUGUAUUGUUAUAAAAUAAAGAAAUAAUAAAAAAUAA